GUUAAUUAGUCGCGAACAUUUGCAUCGUCCAUUGCGCGUUAUUGACUUUCCAAACACUAACAUGAGCCAUUCCGAAAGUUCAUGGUGGCACAUUCGCUGGGGCCACCGCGUAUUCCUUCCAUGAUGUUCAUUUAAACAUUUUCGUGUACACGAAACACGAACUCUGAUUGGCUGAACACCAUGUGCCCCAUGAAAAAUCUUAGCACACAGCCGCCCAAAUUUGUUUUUUUUUUCUCGUCCUUUUAUUUUCCUCCUCUUCUCCUCCUCCCCUCCGCUUUUCACCCAUCAUACCGUUAAAAUGCAGUGUCCAAAUUCUCCGUCCAUGCGGUCAACAUCUCGUUCCAACUUUGAACCUCGCACACCUUCCACGUUAAUGUCUCGACUCGUCAUUCAUUCACCAGAUGCUGUGCGUCAAAGAUUCAAUAAUGCCGACAGACCAUCCACCGAUUUACAAAAACGCCUGUUGCACUGCUCGUCUAGCCCCAAGCCUUCUCACCCCAAUCUCAACAUGUUCUUGAGCAAUGAAUCUAAAAGAAUUCGCAUGGAGCGUAACACUUCCGGUGAUAAUGUUCCCAAACGUUCACCACCUUCCUUGGACGCUUUAUUUUCAUCUCGCUCACCUUCACCGUUAAUGGCAUCCUCUUCCGAGUCACCAGAGUCUUAUACUGACUUAUUCCAUGGUAGCUCUUCAGAUGAAAUGUAUAGCUCAGACACCGAACAAGAUACACUUGACCAUAAGAACGAUUCACCAGUACCCGAAAGCACUUUCACUAUAUGGGAAGAUGGUUGGUCUUCGGACGAACUGACUGACCCUACGAGCGACGAUGCACACGAUGAUGUACAAGUGAACCACGACGAUGCUGAGAAUACCCCACCUUCUAAACAAGUUACGCAGCAAACCAGAACCGAUAAUUAUGAACGGCAAUCACGAGACCGAGCCAAGACGCGUCGAUUGCGUCGUUCAUUUGGCGUUUCAACCUCUGUCAGCCCUGACGAAGAGGAAUCGUCUUCAUCACCGUCCACAUCACCCGUCCGUUCACCUCUUGGAGAACUUUCUUUGGAAGACUUUUAUGAGAUGGAUGACCUGUAUGGGCUAGAAUUGACCCACAAGUCCAAGCAAGCAUCAUCCAAGUCAGUACGUUUUGAACCAGAAACCCCAAGAUCACAACUCAAACACGUCGCAUACCCCAUGACUCCCCAGUCCACCCCGCAAAGAGGCCGUAGUCGUCUUAGUCAAAAUGUUCAAUGGACCCCUACGCGUAAAACUAAGUUUAUGAGAUCACUUUCACCGCCCCGUACGCCACACGGUCCUUCUACCAGCCAUGAAUCCAAGACUUCUCCUGUCCUUGACUCGCAUGAAGGCAAUCCUUUCCUGGCUGUGAUGGGCUGAAUGAAGAACAGUUUACCACCCCUUUCAUGAACUUUUUGUAAAAUAAUGUCGUUCGUACGUCAACAUGUUAGCGUGACUACGUCGCACCUCACUACCGCCUCAUUUGCCAGCUCCUCCCCUUGGUCUCCUUCCGAUCACCUUCUACGUUUUGUUUGUUUUUCCUCCCCUCACAUAUUGCUCGCAUAAUUUUAUUAUUUUCUUCUCUUGUCGUACAUAAUCUCUUCUAUGAUCUUUCAGUGUUGCUUUUUCCCCCUCGCCUGUCUUUUUUUUUUUUUAAACAAUCACAAAGAAAAUACAUGCAUAUAUAUAUAUAUCAGUAUAAUCUCGCG